UGUUUGUUAGGAUAAAAAAUAUUUUUCUGGACAAAGAGUAUUUAUAUAUUUGGAAAUAUUUAUUUGUGAAAGCAUUACAGUUGGCAAGACUACUCUGGUAGUAUAUCCGCUGAUAAUUUUGAAUUUUAAGGAAUGUAACGUAUACUACAGAAUAAUUUUCGUGCUUUCGUAGUUUUAUGUAUAAUUUUUGUUUUAAUUUAGCGACAUGAUUAAUACUGGUCAUAAAUCAUUUGAUUAUAAAAAGGAUAAAUGCAUUAUUCCAAAUACAUCACGUAAGGAAGUUAUUGUGGGAAAUGAUGGACGCAAAACAGCUGAAGAAAUGGAUGAACAAAGACAGAAAACACUUGCUUAUGAAUACCUUUGUCAUUUAGAAGAAGCAAAAAAAUGGAUAGAAGCUUGCAUAAGAGAAAAGCUACCUCCUACGACAGAAUUAGAAGAAAACUUAAGAAAUGGGGUUUAUUUAGCAAAAUUAGGUAAUUUCAUGGCACCAGAGAUAUUACCAUUACACAGAAUUUAUGAUUUUGAUCAGCGAAGAUAUGCGCUUGCUGGAUUACAGUUUAGACAUACAGAUAAUAUUAAUUAUUUUUUACAAUGUCUUCAAUCCAUGGAGUUACCUUUAACAUUCCAACCAGAGACAACAGAUAUAUAUGAUAAAAAGAAUAUGCCACGAGUAAUAUAUUGUAUACAUGCGCUUAGUACACAUUUAUUUAAGCUAGGCAAAGCACCAAAAAUUCAAGAUUUGUAUGGAAAAAUCAAUUUUACAGACGCAGAAAUUGAUGCUGUCAGUGAAGAAUUUCGUAAAUAUGGUAUCCAAAUGCCUUCGUUUCAAAAAAUUGGUGGCUUGUUAACUAACAGUAUGGCUGUAGAUAUUGCCGCACUUCAUGCAGCAGUAAUUGCUAUAAAUCAAGCGAUUAAAAAUCAAGAUCAUGUUAUGAUGUUAAAUGUUUUACAAAAUGAGGCAGCACAGUUAAAUAACAUUUGCAUUGAAUAUAUUCAAGAUUAUAGUGAAGCUUUGUAUAAAGCAAAAAGUAAUAAAACGGAAGCUUCUCUUAAUAGAUCUUUGAAUGAUAGUUAUGUACCAGAUGCAUAUGAUGAACUAUUAACACAAGCAGAAAUGCAGGGUCAUAUCAAUCAUGUGAAUGCUCAGCAUGCAGUGAAAAAUAUUAUUCAAUUAGUUCAAUCUAAUAGCGAUGAACUAAUUAAAGCCUUAGAAUCACCUGCAUUGCAUUUACAGAACAUCAUGUCUAGUAAUAUAGAAGCUUAUAAGAAGCAAUUAAGACAACUAAUAGAACAUUCUGAAUGGAACAGCAAUUAUCCUGAUAUUAAUCAUCAUUGGCAAUAUUUACUUCAAAAUGCCAUUGAUACAGGAAAUGAACGAGUACUCAAAGUUCAAAAACGCAAGGAAGCUGUACAAUUCGUAAAUGAAACUUUACAGGCUGGUGGUUUAACUGAAUUUUAUAAAGCUUUAAAAAAUCCAUAUCUUGAAUUAACCGGUAUAGAUAAAUUUGCAGUGCCAUUAUAUUACGAAGAAAUGAAAAUUGAUCGUACGGAAUGUCAGAAAGAUCUUACAUACAAUGAUAUAGUAGUUAGUAUUCGUGUAUUGUCAUCAAUAGCAGCAAUUACUAAAGCAGUAGAUAUAGGAAAUGUGGAUUUAGUUUAUGACGCUCUUAAGAAUCCUGAUGCACAUAUUAUGGAAUUAAAUGAAGAAAAUAAACUGAAAUAUUUUAGUGCAUUGGCAACAUUACGCUGGGAAAAACAAUCACAAUCUGUAUUAUGUCCUAUACUAACGUAUAUCGAUAUAAAAGAUUGCAUUGAACUAGUAAAUCAACAAUAUCAACAAGAUAAUGAACUGAUACAAAUGUUGCAUGAAUUGAAUUUAGCUAUGGUUGAAAAUAAUCCAUAUACUGUAACUGAAGCUUUAACGAAGCUACAAUUGAAGUUAUAUUGGUACAUAACUCCUAAAGAUCCUUUAUUCGUUUACAAAUUAUUGAAUAAGUGCCUUUUGGAGAAACACUCUGAUGGUUCUGAGCUAUGGUUAGACGAUGUGGAAAAUGUACUGUCUAUUUUGUCUAAGGAAAGCGAAAAAGCUAAAUUAAUGUGCGAUUUCCUCGUUCAAUUUAACAAUAAUUUGGACGAGAAAAAUCAGGAAUAUUUUAUGAUUUUUUUCAACGAUUCAUUGAGUAAAUCAAUAACGGAAGAAAUUAAGGAAAAGAAAUUCCAUACAUUAUGUAAUUUGAGAAAGCUAAAGUGUGAAAAAUAUAAUUAUUCGAUUGUUCGAUACGUCACUCCCUUAGGCAACGAAGCAUAUUUGGAUUUAAAGGAGCAUACAGUCACAUGGGAUCCUCCUGAAGAUUUAUCAGAAACUCAUUACCUCACUUAUGAUGAUAUCAACUACGUAAUGAAAAAUAAUGUGAAUGAAGAUCCACAUGAAUAUUUGAAAAUGAAGGGACUCAUUGUUAGGCUACAAGCACGUGUCCGAGGAUAUUUAUUACGUAAAAAGUAUUCUUCUAAAUUCAUUUAUUUUAAUACCAAGAAAAUUGUCAAAAUACAAGCGUGGUGGAGAGGUAUAUUGCAACGAAAGCGUUAUAUUGCAUUACUUAAUGAAAGGCACGAAAAAGAUUCUGCAUUGUGUCAAUCUAAUCCUAAACGAAUGCAAACCGAAUACAUUGAUGUGUUGGAUAUAUACCGUGAUUAUGAACCACAAAUUAUAAAGCUCCAAGCUCUUUGGCGUGGACGUGCAGCUAGAAGAGCUUUUGAUUCAUUAUUACAUAUGGAAAAACCACCAUUCCCUGUGGUCAGACAUUUCUCUGCUAUCCUUAAUUUUAACGCCCAAGAUUAUGAUAAGGACUUACAAUUGCAGCAUUUAAAACACGAAGUCGUACAAAUUAUAAGACACAAUCAGAACUUAUCGCAACAAUUGGAUAGCAUGGAUAUUAAAAUUGGUUUAUUAAUUCAAAAUAGAAUCACGUUGCAAGAUGUAAUUUCACACGGCAAAAGUUUGGAAAAUCUUGCGAAACAAAGGCACAAUAACAAGGAUAAUAAAAAUUCUUCUGGGAUGACGGAUAAUUUGUCAAUGCAAAAAGGAUUGAAAUCAUUGACUAAGGAAGGCCGUAAAAAACUCGAGGGCUAUCAACAUUUAUUUUAUGCAUUACAAACUAAUCCAGCAUAUUUAUCGAAAUUAUUAUUUCUAUUGCCACAAAGUAAAACAAAUAAAUUUUUACAAAAUGUUAUCUUAACGUUAUUCAACUUUGGAUCAAACAUUAGGGAAGAGUAUCUUUUAUUGAAGCUCUUUGGCAGUGCAUUACAAGAAGAAAUAAGAUGUAAAUUUCAAAAGCCAUCUGAAGUUGUUACUGGAGAUCCAUUAGUAUUAAAAAUAGUUGUAAAUUAUGCACGACAAUUAAAUGGUCAAAGAGCAUUAAGGCAGAUAGUAGGACCAAUCAUAGAAAAAAUAUUAUCCGAUAAGACACUAUCGAUAGAAACAAAUCCCGUGGAUAUAUACAAAUGUUGGAGAAAUCAAUUGGAAAUGGAAACUGGUGAGACUCAAAAUCUUCCGUAUACUGUAUCCCAUCAAGAAGCAUUAACGUACGAACACGUACGUAAGAAAUUAAACGACGGUGUACGUUUACUACAAAAAACUGUAUUAGAAUUUUUAACGAGAAUAACUGAAUCACGUGACUUAAUACCUUAUGGAAUGUUAUACGUAGCCAAAGUUUUAAACGAUACAUUGUCAGAAAAAUUUCCAAAUGCCCCGGAGAAGGAUAUCUUAAAAGUAGUUGGAAAUUUAAUUUAUUAUCAAUUUAUAAAUGCUGCCAUUGUGGCACCAGAUGCUUUUGAUAUUGUUACUUUACCAGUUGAUAGAUCACUGUUGAAUGAUCAAAGAAGAAAUUUAGCUAGCAUCGCAAAAAUAUUACAAUUCGCUGCUUCCAAGAAAGGAUUCGGUGAAGAGGCCACACAUUUGGUUUGCUUGAAUCAAUUUAUCAUUGAGUGUCAUGAAAAAUUUAAAAAAUUUUUCCGAUAUUGUUGCCAAAUAGAAGAUCUGGAAGAACAUUUUAGUAUUCACGAAUAUACAGAAGCUACGCUCAUACAUAAACCUGAAAUUUAUAUAUCUUUACAGGAAAUUUGUGAUACACAUUGUCUCAUGUUAAAAUAUCAAGAUCAAAUAGCACCAGACCCAUUAGAUCCGCUUCACGACUUAUUAGACGAUUUAGAAUCUGCGCCAACCGUAUCAUCGUUGUUAGGAAUAUCCGAUACAAUGUGCGAAGGAAAUUUGGCGAGGCUUGGUAAAACAGAAGUCUGUUUGGUGCUUACGAAUAAAUUUCAAGUUCCGGAAGACGAGGAUACGAAUUUGAACAGACUAUUUAUUAAAACGAAAGAACUUUUGGUUUCUGUGCUACAAUUUUUAAAGGGUCCUACAUUGGCGGAUGCUUUAGCGAUUACGUCUUCGCCUAUGGAUAAAAAAUCAUUGAACAAAGCAAAGUGCAAUUCCAUGUCACCUACAUUGAAUAUCAAUCACAAAAGUUCAUCCUUGAAUGAUUGUAAAUUUCAAUUGUCCGUAUAUUUGAAUAAAUUACGACUUGGAGGUUGGGUCAGUAUGGAGGAUGGUUAUCAAAAUAUUAUAACAGCAGUUGCUAAAGAUCUUUGUAACAAGGGAAAGUAUAGAAUCAUAAGGAAUAAAGAACUUCAAACUUUACAUAUGACGAAACAGAGAUUGGAAGAAAAAACGAAAUAUUAUCAAGAACAAGUAGAGUAUUACAAUAAAUAUAUACAAAAAUGUCUUGAAAAUUUACAUACUGGAAAAGGAUCAAUUCGAGCGUUACAUGCGGCACGGAAAGAUCAUAGAAAAUUGAAAUCUAAAAUUACAUUAAGAUAUUCCGCUGCGAAAUUGCAAGAGAAAGGUGUACUUCUAGAAGUCGAUGGUCUUCCACAUUCCCAAACUAAGAAUGUCAUUUUUGAGAUAAGUCCUACCGAACAUAAUGGACUUUUUACUGUACAGUGUAAAUUUAUGGGAGUAGAAAUGGAAAAAGUAGAAAUUGAUAUCCAAAAAUUACUUGAAUUACAAUUCGAAGGUUCACCGAUAAUGGAUAUGUUUGGAAAGGCGAAAAUCAAUGUAAAUUUACUUUUGUAUUUGUUGAAUAAGAAAUUUUAUGGUAAAGCCUGAAUUAAAAAUGGAUGAAAUAGUAAAUGAAAAA